UCUUCUGCCUGCAGCCUGCUUCCUGUAGCCCGGUUGAGGAAGUGAAUUUCGCUGACAGGGCUGGGUUCAGUGAGGGUGAGGCCAAAAAACACAUCUUCUGCCGGGGGUUAAAAACAGACAACACACCGCUAAACAAGAAGAGGCGAACGGAGCGCUUGAUAAACCACAGCGAAGCUAAAGUGUACAGUCAUCGGUGAAAUCGUCCUCCCCUGCCCCGCUGAGACCGCCGCAGACAUGAGUGACCAGCAGCUGGACUGUGCUCUGGACCUGAUGAGGCGUCUACCUCCUCAGCAGAUCGAGAAGAACCUCAGUGACCUCAUUGACCUGGUACCGAGUCUGUGCGAGGACCUCCUCUCCUCCGUGGACCAGCCCCUGAAGAUCGCCCGGGACAAGGUGGUGGGGAAAGACUAUCUGCUUUGUGAUUACAACCGAGACGGCGACUCCUACAGAUCCCCGUGGAGUAAUAAGUAUGAGCCACCCAUUGAAGAUGGCGCAAUGCCUUCAGCUCGCCUGAGGAAACUUGAGGUCGAAGCCAAUAACGCCUUCGACCAGUACAGAGACCUGUACUUUGAGGGCGGUGUGUCCUCUGUGUACCUAUGGGACUUGGAUCAUGGCUUUGCAGGAGUUAUUCUCAUCAAGAAGGCAGGGGAUGGAUCCAAGAAGAUCAAAGGGUGCUGGGACUCCAUCCAUGUGGUGGAGGUGCAGGAGAAGUCCAGUGGUCGUACCGCUCACUACAAACUCACCUCCACCGUCAUGCUGUGGCUCCAGACGACCAAGACCGGCUCCGGUACGAUGAACCUGGGCGGCAGCCUCACAAGACAGAUGGAAAAAGACGAUACGGUUGGAGAAUCCUCACCCCACAUCGCCAACAUCGGCCGCCUUGUUGAAGAUAUGGAGAACAAGAUUCGCUCCACACUAAAUGAAAUCUACUUUGGAAAGACCAAGGACAUCGUCAACGGCCUAAGAUCUAUUGAGUCUUUGCCUGAUAACCAAAAGUACCGGCAGCUCCAGAAGGAGCUGUCGCAGGUCCUCACCCAGCGUCAGAUCUUCAUUGACUAGGGCCAGAGGAGUGUUCAGACUCUGGCUGACAAGUCAAAGCAGGAGGCUCUGAAGAACGACCUGGUGGAGGCACUCAAACGCAAACAGAACCCCUAGAGAUGCUACUGUUUUUUUGUUUGUUUGUUUGUUUUUGUUUUCUGAUUUCUCUCACUCUCUCCGCCUCAUCUCUGCCAUCUUUUCUCUGUUUCUUAACGUCUCUCCCUCCAUGCCUGUUUCAGUGCUGCACACUUUUGUUCUUUUGUGGAAAAACAAAAAAGGAGAAAAUGCUUAGCUUUUAUUUGUUUCAGUUUUUUUUGUUUUUGUUUUUUCUGUCAGGUUUUUUUUCUCGUUUUUAUUUGUAUAAAUUUAUAACUGUCCAUGUAAAACUGUCAUUUUUCUGGCCGUUGUUAACGGUGCCAACACGAGGGCCACCUUCGGUUUUUGUUUGAAGGUUUUUAUUCUUUACUCUCCACUCUGUCCGCAUGCAUGGGAGCCUGUGUGGGAGCAUGGGGCCACAGUCAGUGGGAGUGUAGACUUAUCAAACAUGGGGGAUCGACUGUUAUCAUCACCCUCGUCACCCAGUCCCCUACACUGUGUAUAACAUGUCCUUUGCUCGGCUUAUUGAACUCUUCUCUCUCCUCACCUACUUUGUUUUUGUUGGGGGUCACAGUUUGUCUUUGUGUCUCAGUGGAAACCUUUCACUGUUUCCAUUUUGGACGGGAAUCUUUUGUUGUAUUUUUGUUUUGUUUUUAUUUUGUAAAGCUUAUGAUUCAUAUUGUAUUAGAGCCUCCAGCAACAAUAAAAAUGGUAAAAAGCUA